CGGCUAAUUAAAGCCGGGACCCGGCCGGGGUGAGGGCGGCUCAGCCCGGGGUGAGGCUGUACCUGUCCCGGGCAGCGCCUCAGGGCAGGCGCCAUCUUCUCCCCCUUCUUCUUCUCCUCCUCCUCACCCCGACCCCGCCACCCCUGAGGGAGUGAGGGAGGAACUUGCCCCGGUGAUCCUGAGGAGCUGCCUCAGGGCACAGCAGGACCUGAAGAUUUUAAGAAACAAAGCAAAAGCACCCGAAUGGAGCGUUGCGCCUCUCUGGGUGAGGAGACCCCGCUGAGAAACUCUGAGAGCCCCGGGAUCUGCGAGGCCAUCCUCUGGCACAGCAGCUCCGUGAAUCCCCCUCACACCCUGCUAAACCAAGUACAAACACUCUCCUCCUCCUCCAAAGACAGGAGAGGGGCCUGGUUUUAUCACCACCUCUCUGCUUUACUCCUCAAAAUAGGUAUCCUUGAGGCACUGCAAACCUCGUGUAAAUCCUGCCUUGCUCUGCUCCCCUGAGCUCCCAGAUGUGCCAAAUUCUCCACAGAAAAGCACACAGCAGGUCAGCUAGAUGGGCAUUUCCAGUGGAGAAUGGCUGGGAAGGCCUCACUAAAUAUAACUCAUCGUGCAAACACGCAAAAAACACUGCAUUUAAAGCAGUGAUUUUCUGUUUGUGGUUCAUUGGUCUAGGGAAGAAAAAGCCUGAGCAUUUAAAUGUGUUAUUCAGGGAUCUGUGCUGACACUAUACAGUUCUAAAGAGCUGAAAAAAACCACUAACAUAAAGGCUGUGAAACUCCACGAGCCCCAGAAGUUUCUGCCUACCUGUUCUUCCUUCCCCAUCUGGUCACAAGAACAGACAGAUUCCUAUUCCUGUGCUCUGUGGCACGGCAGCUUGAAAAGAAUGAAUGCACAACACUCAUCCUGUGAGAGUAAACACAAAUAUCACACUUUUGUGGCAUUUACCAUGUUCUUGGUCCUAGUAUCAAUGAUGAAGGUCCAGGUACACCAGCAGGUCACUGUAGUGUUUGUGCAGCAGAGUGGAGAAGCAUCUCCUUAUGUUUAAAGUGAUCAAAGUUGGGAGAAAACUGCUUGGUUUUAAAAAUACAAAUGGCAUGGUUCUGCAGGUUAGAGCAAAGUUAACAGGUCUCUUGGUCACUGAAGAAUCAACACAGCAGCAAGUCUUGUCAAGAGAAAUGCAACUGUAGAAUAGAUGCAAACUUAGAAAAUGAACCUGCUUCAGAAAAACACAGAUCUUCCUAGAACUAGAAUUCUGCCAAAGCUGACAUAGUCUUUUUCUUCUCUAAGAGAAUCCUGUUGAAAUUGGUUUGUUUAUUUGUUUCUGGGAUUUUGUUUGUUUUAGAAUUUUACCUGAAAGCUACAGCAAGGCAGAUUUAUUGUGCAGAACAUUAGAGUUUAUGGUUUGUCACACUCUGUGGAGCUCACCUCUUCAGUGUAAAUAAAUCCAUCUUUUCCCUUCCCCAAUCCCCAUUUUACUAGCCCACCUUCCCACCCACAUAUUUACAAGCAGUACCUUCUACUUGUUGUAAUAAAGCUUAGACUAAAAGCCAUCAAAGCCCUGUAGAGCUUUCCCCAUAAUGACCCUCCCAAACUGCCUGGCUACAGCCUCAAACUCUCAGGCACAUGUAUAUUUUCAAAUGAGACAUAAGUGACCAGUUUAACUUUUUCUAACACAGGAAAACUGUGUUCAUUUUAUAGUUUUCUUAGAAAAAUGUAACAUUUCAAGUUCUGUUAAGACAGGCAGCUGAAGGCAAAAGGACAUUUCAAGGCACAAAGUAUCUAUACCCUACAUUCAACAGUCAUUUUAAGUAUCCUGAAGGACAUUCAACUUGCAUAAAAGCAUCAGUCAAUAAAACCCAAGACCAGACACUGGGAGCACAAACACCUCCCUGGCCCAGUUAAGAACAUUUUAUACCAAGCCCAGCUUUGUGCAAACCACCACAGCUAACACAGGGAGUUAUAAAUCUUAGGAGGUCAUAAAUCUUAGUUAAAUAACGCCAUCAAAAACAGCUCUUGAGAACUCCCAGAUGUUUCCUGGGAAUAUAUGUGCAUAAAAGCAGGCUAACUGUAUUGUUUAAGGGCAGUCCAUAAGGCUUUUAAAGACAGUUUGUCCAGGGGUACUUUUAGUGGUUCCCUUACAUCAAAGAGGAUGCACAAUGCAAGACCUGGAAGACUGCAGAAGGUGCAUCCAGUCACACAUACUGAGGAGGGAUUGAGGAGGAAAGUACUGGGAUUACAACGAGUCACAGUGCUUGACGUGACACCUCUGAGAUCUUCUGGACUUACUGCAGGAACCCAUCUGCCCAACCUUCAGGGAGGCAAAAGAAGUAUCAGAUCCUGUCCCGUUUGCUCAGCAGCAGGUGUGGCUCCAUGAGAACAGAGAGAGGAAGAGCAGAAGCCUUGGCUGGGCGAGGGCAGUGUCCUUUUGGGGCUCCAGGUGCCUCAGUAGGGCGGCUGGGCUGCCUUGCCCGGGGGAGGCCACUGGGGAGGCGCUUCUGACUGAUCAAUGGGCUCGUAGGUGCUGCGAUCCUGGCCCGCACUGGUGACACCUGCAUGGAGAUGGAAGAGAACAAGCUUGGGAGCAACACAAAAGCACAAAAACUGUAUCCUCUAGGAGAAGCCAACAGCUCAGGAGCACACCACGUUAGCUGCCCUACCAGCUCCACAGCACCUGCCCUCUGUGAUCCUCACUACACAGGCAGGAGGUAAAAAACUCAUCCUUCCAACAAAGGGAAACUCACUGCUUUUGAGCAUGUCUCUUCAUUCCUUGCCAACUGCUCUCUUAGUAGCCUCAUGGCUGUGUGCAAAGCAAGACCCACAAUACCCCAUUGCAGCAUAACAGGUUCCUGUAACAGCAUAUUUCAGCAAGAGGAGUGUAUGAGAGCUCAUGGGAAAAUGAACAGACAUAGCCAGAAGCAGCAGGAACCAUGGCCAGCUGACAGCAUGGAUUUAAAGGCAUGAUUCAUCCCUGAACCACUCCUCCCAACAAUGCAGUCUGCACACCGCGGCACUAAAUUUGAACCCAGCAGUGCUCCCAACUGCACUGUGAACAAUUUGUCUGUACAAAAUCAUGUUACUGUCCAGGGGAUGAGCAGGGGAAGAAGAGAGAGUGUGCAUGGACAGCUCUUUAUCUAUGGACCAGGCACCUGUCAUGGGGAGAAUCACAGGUAGGCACCAAACCAUAUGAGGGGUUUGUUCUAAGCAGCAAGGAUGCUGCCAAGCAACAAAAAGGGAUUUUGUGCAGAAAGAAAAUGAGCCACAGAAGACUAGGAAAAACACAGCAUUGCUGGGUUCAGAAGGAAAAUGCCGGAUAGCAGGGAAAUGAGAGGAAAUUUGUCAAGCACAUUCAACACAAACCAGCACACAGUUUGAAAAAAUCUUGAAAAUCUUGUGAGAGAAAGACAGUUCAGGAGAGGAUGUGCAACUACAAAGUGUCUGAAUUCCCCCCUGUGCCUGGGAGGAGACUCUCAGACAGUACCAUGCCUGGUUUGGGAUAGUGUGGUUGAAAAGGAGUCCUCCCAAACUCCAAGCAAAGGGGUGAACUCCUCAAUGACACUUACACUUUCCAUGGGAUACACACGUCAAAUCCCAGUGAGGAGCACAGUGAGCAGCUAAUAAAAACUGGCACAAACAUGGCCCAUAGCAAGGCACUGCAGGUGACUCACAGGCCUCCUGACCCAGGCUUGAUAAAGCAACACAAACAUGGAGAGAAAGACAAGCGGCAAGUUAAAGAAGAGCUGCAGGGAGAAGCAGGCAAUCCAGGAGACUGGAAACAGGAUAUGGAGAUUUUUCUGACUAGAAGACUCGUCCAGGGCCUGGGGAAGAUGACAACCCUCACACGGCAGGACCUGAACUUUGGGCAAGUUGUUGCAGAUGUUCUUUCAGAAUUCCUGGAAGUGGCUGUUCACCUCAUCUUGUACGUCAGAGAAGUUUACCCCAUUGGGAUCUUUCAGAAGAGGAAAAAAUACAAUGUACCUGUCCAGAUGUCCUGCCACCCAGAGCUGAACCAGUACAUCCAGGACACGCUGCACUGUGUGAAGCCACUGCUGGAGAAGAACGAUGUGGAGAAAGUCGUGGUUGUAAUCCUGGAUAAAGAGCACCACCCGGUGGAGAGAUUUGUCUUUGAGAUCACCCAGCCGCCUCUGCUUUCCAUUAGUUCUGAGUCCCUGCUGUCCCACGUGGAGCAGUUACUCCGUGCCUUCAUCCUGAAAAUCAGCGUGUGCGACGCUGUGCUGGACAACAACCCCCCAGGUUGCACCUUCACAGUUCUGGUUCACACACGGGAGGCUGCCACACGGAACAUGGAAAAGAUCCAGGUGAUAAAGGACUUCCCGUGGAUCCUCGCAGACGAGCAGGACGUGCACAUGCACGACCCCCGGCUUAUCCCCCUGAAAACCAUGACAUCUGACAUCUUAAAGAUGCAGCUCUAUGUAGAGGAGCGAGCCCACAAAGGCACCUGAUUUCAACUUUUCCUUGCCUUCGAGCCUCAUGUGAUCUUCCAGUGGAGUAAGAUCUGUCACAAACCAUACCUUGAGAACCAUCUCUUCAGCCAGCCUUCUGGUGAAUGUAGAGCAGCUGCUGCCUCUUUAUUUCAAGUGCUCUUACCACUGUAUAUAGAACUGACUUGGAAUGUGGAGCCAGAGCCUGUUCCCAUGUUGACUUGUGUGAGAGUGAGUACAGGUGUUGUUACAGUGCAUCCCUGGGGAGUCAGUGCUUUGUACCAAUCCAGUUCUCACCUGAUGGGGCAGCUGCCUUGCACAGGGGCAGGGAUGGACAGCAAGGAGCUGUUCCACGAGAGUAAUGGACUCGUGCUAAGGGGGAGUGAGGCCUUAUGUAGUGUCUGUCCACUGUGACUGUCCCAAGUAGUCUUCAAUAAAUAUGAAGUUUUACCCCAGUUGAACUGGGCUGAGUCCUGU